AUUGUGGCUGACUGAGCGCUGCUGGCAUCUUCGGUCUGCAGGACAGCGGAAUCACGCUGAUUGCUGAAGAAGGGACUGUCUGUCGAUCGGGCCCCACGGCCAACUUCAAUGGUGCCGACAUCGCCAACCGUCGUCGGUAUUUGUCGGUUCGUCGGUGGGGGUGGAGGUGGAGGGCUGAGUCAUCUGCUACAAUGACGACGAGAAAGACCCUCACAUCAUUUGAAUCAGUCGAAUACAAUUCUCUCGCUUGAAAUUGCAAACGAUCUACUCAUUCAUCAUGGCAGCCACGCACGAAAUGGAAUACAACCGCCUCGGAAACUCCGGCCUCAAGAUCUCCAAGGUCAUCUUGGGAGCCAUGUCCUACGGCACCAAGGAAUGGCAGGACUGGGUGCUCAACGAGGACGAGGCCCUGCCGCUGAUCGAGCAUGCGUACAAGCGCGGCAUCAACACCUGGGAUACGGCCGACAUCUACUCGCACGGUCGCUCCGAGGAGAUCAUCGGCAAGGCGCUGCAGAAGUACAACAUCCCGCGUCACCGCGUGGUCAUCCUGACCAAGUGCUUCUUCGGCGUCGACGAUGAGGGCGGCCAGCCGCCCAUCUCGGCGUCCGGGCGCAACGACGCCGGCUUCGUCAACCGCGUCGGACUGUCGCGGAAGCACAUCUUCGAUGCGGUGGACGCUAGCGUCAAGCGGCUGGGCACCUACAUCGACGUGUUGCAGAUCCACCGACUGGAUCGCGAGACGCCGCAGGAGGAGAUCAUGAGGGCGUUGAAUGACGUGGUGGAGAGUGGGAAGGUGCGGUACAUUGGGGCGAGUACGAUGGCGGCCUGGGAAUUCCAGUCGCUGCAGAACAUCGCCGCCCGCAACGGCUGGCACCAGUUCAUCAGCAUGCAGAACUACCACAAUCUGCUAGCGCGCGAGGAGGAGCGCGAGAUGAUCCCGUACUGCCAGCACGCCGGAGUGGGCCUGAUCCCCUGGUCGCCCAUGGCGCGCGGCGUAUUGGCUCGGCCGUGGAACUCCCGAUCGACCGUGCGGGAGUCGACGGACGGAGCGCUGAAGCUCCUCGUCCGAAGCCGCGAGUCCGAGGCCGACCAGGCGAUCGUCACCCGCGUCGAGGAGCUCGCCAAGAAGAAGGGCGUCAGCAUGGCCCAGGUCGCGAUUGCUUGGUCGUUGAGUCAUCCCAACGAGAACCCCAUCCUGGGCUUGAGCAGUAAGCAGCGCAUUGACGAGGCGGCGGCCAGCAUCAAGGUCAAGUUGACGCCGGAGGAGAUUCACUAUCUGGAGGAGCCGUACAUUCCCAAGUCGUUGACUGCGCUGGAGCGGUAGAUAGAUCUGGAUUAUCUAGACUACAUGUUCGGUCGUUGAAUAUACAGA